AUGUUUAUACCGUUUAUAUGGGUCUUUUUCAUCUAUCGGCUGCUCCACUACCAUGUCACCGCAAGUCACAUCGUGAGCUUCUGUCCGUUAAACUACAUAUCCUAUGAUAAUUUAUGCUAUGGGCCUAUUGAAAGCGGCCAAGCAAAAUUUUCCUCGGCCAUGUUUGAAUGCUACCAGAACGGAGGAGGAAACUUAACUGAACUUGAUACGCUGCAUAAAAUGGUUUAUGCUACGCAAAAUUUAAAUAUUUAUCGUGAAUAUUGGAUCGGUCUACGAGAUGUAUUUAAUAGAAACAGCUCUGAAGGCUUCGUAUGGAUUCAAAAUAAUCGAACUGCAGUCCAUUUUACAAAUUGGGGAACUCUAGAACCUAGUGAUGGUGACAAUGAUUGUGUCUACAUUAAACAUGGUAGUGCCUCAUGGUUUUGGUAUACUCGACAGUGUAACGGCAGUGCAUAUGCAUUUUGCCAGAGAGGUGAUGAAUAUCAUACAGACUAG